AAUGUAAUUCGAGAAUAAAUCAUCAAACUAUGACAACAAAUAACCGCUACGAGCAAAUGAUUAUAGUUAAAGAUUGGAAUAGAAGUUUUAAAACAGUAGACAUCAAAGGAAUUACUGAGUGCCUCUUACCGAAACAUCCUCUGUUUGAAUAAGAAGCAGAUACAGAGCGUCAAUCGUGAGGAAUGCACGACUUGAUGUUCACAUCAGGGUGUGUUUGCAACAUCAUUUGAAGGGAUUAUCACAUCGAAUCUCCGCUUUUGAAACCACAAAAACUUUAUAAAAGCCGCCUCUCCUUGGCUCUGGUUAUUCUUCCAUUUUCCCUGUCCCACCCACUUCUCUUUUUUAUUCACUCUCCUUUCACAAACUCGCUCAAUAACCUCUAAUUCUUCACUAUUAUGGCUUCAUUGCGCGCCGCUUUCCGUCUUCCUGGCCUUACCAAGGUUGCUACCCGUCACAAUACCCUUGCUGCCUCUGCCAUCAAAGCUUACUCUACUAAGUCCCAGGGCUUGAAGGAUCGCCUUCGUGAGUUGAUCCCUGAGAAGCGCGAGGAGGUUAAACAAGUUAAGGCCGAGCUUGGUAACAAAGUUUUGGGUGAGACCACUGUUGACAUGGCCUAUGGAGGCAUGCGCGGGAUUAAGGGCCUCAUCUGGGAGGGUUCCGUUCUUGAUGCUGAGGAAGGUAUCCGCUUCCGCGGCAAGACUAUUCCAGAGUGCCAACGCGAUCUCCCAUCUGCUGAAGGUGGUAGUGAACCUCUUCCCGAGUCUCUCUUCUGGCUGUUGGUCACUGGUGAGGUCCCUACUACUGAACAGGUUCGCGACCUUUCUGCCGAGUGGGCUGCUCGUGCCAGUCUUCCUACCUUUGUUGAAGAUUUGCUCGACCGAUGCCCCAACACUCUGCACCCCAUGUCUCAGUUCUCCUUGGCCGUCACAGCCCUCCAGCACGAGUCUCAGUUUGCUAAGGCCUACCAACAGGGCGUCAAUAAACAGGAGUAUUGGGACAGCACUUUUGAGGAUUCGAUGGACCUCAUUGCCAAGCUCCCUAACAUUGCUGGCCGCAUCUACCAAAACGUCUUCAGAAACGGUGCCAAAGUCGCUCAGAUUGAUCUCAAUAAGGACUAUGCUGCCAAUCUGGCCAACCUUCUUGGAUAUGGUGAAAAUAAGGAAUUUGUUGAGUUGAUGCGCCUCUAUCUUACUAUCCACUCUGAUCAUGAGGGAGGCAAUGUCUCAGCUCAUACUACCCACUUGGUCGGCUCCGCUCUCUCGGAUCCUUACCUCUCCUUUGCUGCAGGCCUGAACGGACUAGCAGGUCCACUCCACGGCCUCGCCAACCAGGAAGUCCUCCGUUGGAUCACUAAGAUGCGCGAAGAACUUGGAGGCAAGGAUGUCUCAGAUGAGACCAUCAAGGAGUAUAUCUGGAAGACCCUCAAGAGCGGCCAAGUUGUUCCUGGUUACGGCCAUGCUGUCCUUCGUAAGACAGACCCUCGCUACACCUGUCAGCGUGAGUUCGCUUUGAAGCAUAUCCCCAGCGAUCCCCUCUUCAAGCUCGUCUCUCAAAUCUAUACUGUCGCACCAAGCAUUCUUCUUGAACAUGGCAAGACCAAGAACCCUUGGCCCAAUGUGGAUGCCCACUCGGGUGUCCUUUUGUCUGCCUAUGGCUUGACUGAACAAGAUUUCUAUACUGUUCUCUUUGGUGUUUCUCGUGGCCUCGGAGUACUGUCUCAGUUGAUCUGGGACCGCGCUUUGGGCAUGCCUCUGGAGCGCCCCAAGUCAUACUCGACGGCUGCUAUCAAGGCCAUGUUUGCCAAGUAA